GUAUCUAAAACCGCAGUAAGUGCCUGUAGUUCACGAUAACUACUGGUCACUUUAUCCACAUGUCUAUUUAGCGAAAAAUGCGGAAAUGUGUUGUUUUGAUAGUAGGCAGACACUGCACAGAAUAACUACUGCCAAAGAAAACGUGUUAAAUCGAUGGACAAUGGAUGUAAGGGGUUAAGAUAGGGUGUAUGUACCACCGGGCUUUCUUAAAUCCACCGCACCCUCAGCUGAGGACAUUGAUUUUUGUAGCGUGGGUUCUCGGCUACGUCGCCUUUCUUCUCUCCAUCAGAAGGAUGUGGACGGGGAAAUACGUCCGCAGUCCACUUAUUCAGUCUCUGUUUGUUAACAUGGCAAGCGAGGCCCCCGCGACUGAGACACUAGAGUGGUACCGAUGUUGUCCUGACCUGCUUGGAGAAUCAGUGAGGCCCCUAUUCGUCCAGAGCCACCUAGACACAGGCACUAAAUCUUUUCUCAAGCAGAGUGUUGAGAAGUCUGGGUGGUUGUUCACCCAACUCUAUCACUCUUUUGUGUCAACUAUCCUCAGCCCUGUGGUUUCACGCACCUCCAUCAAUGGGUUCCUGGGCCGUGGCUCUAUGUUUGUCUUCUCCUCUGAGCAGUUUCAGCACCUGCUCCAGAUCGGCCCAGAGUGGAGAGCUGAGAGGCUCUUGGAUCUUGGAGCUGGAGAUGGAAGUGUCACACAGGUGAUGGGAGCCCAUUUCCGAGAAAUUUAUGCAACUGAAGUCUCAGUACCCAUGAAAUGGCAUCUUCAGAGGAGGAAUUACAAAGUGCUUGGUAUUGAUGACUGGCAACAGACUGGUUUCCAGUAUGACGUGAUCAGCUGUUUGAACCUUCUGGAUCGUUGCAAUGAUCCUUUACAUCUCUUGCGGGACAUCAAGCGAUCUCUAACUCCCAAAACAGGGAGACUUAUCUUAGCCGUUGUGCUUCCCUUCCAGCCAUAUGUGGAAAUCGGAGGACAAUGGCAGCGUCCCAAAGAACACCUUAAAUUGGAGGGAAAAACAUGGGAAGAGCAAGUAACCAGCUUGUCCAGUGAGGUUUUCCAAAAGCUGGGGUUCAAGGUGGAGGCUGUGACCCGGUUGCCAUACCUUUGUGAAGGGGAUAUGUAUAACAAUUACUAUGUCCUCGAUGAUGCAGUCUUUGUCCUCAAGGUCUCAGACAAUAGUGAAAUUCUGCUCCCUGAGCAAAGUUGAGCCAUUUACAUAUCAUACACCUGAACUCUUUGGAAUUUUUUGGAAAGUGGAUUAUGGAAAGAUUUUAGUGCAAUUUCAUACUUGAUGUAAGAAUCACAUAAUUUCUGGUUAGAAAUGUGUCCUACAUGAAGCUCAGUACUGUGUUUACCAGCCAGAUUUUGUGACCAUCAUACCUCAACAAAGACCAAACCUUUUUAAGACAUCACCCUGUCUAAAAUGUCUGUCAUGAUGGGGGGGUGAAUUUAUACUGUAUGUCUUUAUCAUUAUGUUAAUAGUAUUACAAACACACAUUUGUGUCUUUUAUGUGUGUUGUGCAAAGAACUGGUAAAGGCACAUGUCUGAUUCAAGUGAACAUUAAGUAAGAUUUUGUUUUUUAUAAUGCUACUUUUGUUUUUAGUGGUAGAAAGGCAACAUGAAGUCCAUUUUUUUUAAUUAUUGUCAACUCCUAACACACUUCACAGCUAAUAAUUAAAAGCAGUUACAGUGGCUACAGGUUUUGAUUUUGGUAUUUCUUUUAAAUAACUAACUCAAUGCUGAACUUCUAAUUAUAGAUAUUCUCUUUGCAUUUAUAUUUACAGGCAGCAUACACAUUCACAUUUGUUGUAGUAAUUUGACUGAUUUUAGUCCAUAUCUGUAGACACACUGUAGCAGGGGUCUAUAAUGUCUAACAAGUUCCACCCAUUAGCCACCAAAUAUUAACUGCUGGUUAUUAUAGACCAGGGCUGCAGCAGCAAAAACCAACAGUGUUGAAUUAAGCAGUUAUGCAUGCAAUUACUUGUGGGUUCAGCCUUCUGUUGAAGGAGGAAGAUGCUCUACUUCACUUCUGUCUUUCUGUUUCAUUUUGAUUCUAAAUUGUUAAAACUUUUUGGAUUCAAAAGUAUUUCUCAUAAUUUUAUGAUUAUGAUGACUGAUGAUGAUGAUGAUGAUGAUUAUUAUGACAGUUUAGCUAAACCCUGUACCUGGACCUUCACAAGUCAUGUUUUUUUGUAGUUGCAAAAGAAGAUGCAGAAAGCAAACUGUUGAACUUUAACGGAUGAAUUUAUGACAUUGUAAUUCUACAUUUGUAAAAAAGCGUUACCUAUUCUUUCAAAAUAAAAUGUUACACUUCACAA